AUGGCCAUUCAACAAGACUCAAAACCUGCUCUUCCUCCUCGUCCGACAGAGUUUUCUGGUUGUGCAAAAACCCCGCCUGCAUGGCUUGUGGCGUUGACGCGUCAUAGUACGGCGGAAAAGAACCAUGUUCACGACUUUUAUCUAUGCCGGGUAUUCGGUGAUGAGGUUGUUACUGGAAUUAUAUGUAAAACCUGUCACAAGCGAUUCAUGCUCACUACUUCGGUCGGGGCUUUUAAUGAGAUGAACGUCGAGCCGAGAAUGUGCAUCCUCAACCAUAAAAAUUCCCUACACCACUUUCAUACUGAAGAAGCAACAGAGUUACGCAUAUAUUCACGGUGCUGUAUAUGUGAUCUUAGCGUGUUCGUUGAAAUUAGUAAUCCCAUCUUGGGGACGUGGAUUUUUAAUGAAAUGUCUAGAACAAGGAGUUUAAAUCGGAACGGUGGUUCAACACAUUAUCCUGAAACGAUACGAUGUUUAUCAGAAAUUGUCAAAAAUUAUCUGGAUGAAGGGGGACAACCAUUGAAUAUAGAUGGUAAUUCAUUUAAGCAAAGGAUUGGAUACGACGAAGCAAGUCGGGCCUUUUUUCAAGCUCUUGGUUACACAUUGGGGUACGAAGAGAUUAGAAGAUUUCAUCCACCACCGUCAAGCGACGAGACUCGCACGAAAUUUAAAUAUGUGUUGGAGGAAUUAGACAUGAAAAUUUUAGAGUUGAAUGAGAUGACUUCGAAUUCGGACAUAGAUGAACGUCCAUGGGGAAAACUGAACAGUGUUCUUGGAACGGAAUAUAAAAAACACCAUGCCACUCGUAAUUAUGGUAGACCCUUUGAUCCUUCGUCGCCCGUUAAGUCGGCAAGUUCGAUAUUAGGGUGUUUAUCGGAUAUGGACGAUGAUAUUUUGGUUUGGGCCUAUGAACUUGCUAUUAAGGAGAAUCCUGAAAAAACUCCAGUUUAUUUACAGGCUGUGUUUGAUCUCACCAGAGAGAGAAAGAGCGAGUUACUCGAAGAUCAUUUUACUAUGGAAAUAUCAAUGGGUAAAUUUAGAGUUAAUGCUGUCAAUGAUGCAUACCAUGAAAUGCGCGCAAGUUCCGAAGUGUCUGAUGAAACUUUAAUUGAAGCGUAUCGUAGAUAUAUCCUUGAUGAUCCUUUGAGGGUUGGGGUGCUGCGUGAUGCCUUGAAUACAAUUGGAAAGUCUAGAAAUAGUUCAGCAAUAGAGAAUUUUCUAAGUGGGGAAAGCUAUCAUACGAACUCGUACAAUUAUUUUUCAAACAUGCCUGUGGGACUGGACAAUAUUGGGAACACUUGUUAUCUCAAUUCGUUGUUACAGUAUUAUUUCACCAUUCGGAAUUUACGAGAAGCGGUAUUCGCCUCGGACUCAGUGUCCAUCAAUGGGAUAGAUCAAUGGGAAUCCAUAACCAUUGGAGGAAGGAAAGUUUCCAAAGCCGAGGUUGAAAGAGCCCAGAAAUUUGUCACUCUUUUGCGUCAUCUCUUCGAUGAGUUGAUGCGCUCUUCACGGAGUUCCAUCACACCAGAUUCAGAUUUAGCAUAUUUGGCGCUCGUGAAUGCAAAAAACGAUGAGGAACAAACUAAUGAUUCAUCCAGAUCUCCUAUGGAUACAACUGCCAAUUCAGUCGACAUGUUAGUCGAUGAUUUGAGUCCAGGUCCCUCAUCCACUCGCAACAAUCAAUUAACAUUACUAGACUCAAGUGAAUUCAAUAAUAACAAUAUUGUGAAUGACUCAAUAAUAUCAGGAAUAGCUCCACAUGGAACCAGCUUUGGUAACGAUACAUUUUAUCAGAUGGGGGAUACGUUCAUGAACCAAGAGAACGAUUACAAAGGAAAGGGAAAGGAGAAUAGUCCUUUUGAUGUGCAAAUGCACGGGGCAGAGUCAUUCAAUGAUACCAAAGAGGAUAAGUUAAAAAAAGUGUCUGGAAUGUUAUUUGGAAAACAGCAGGAUGUCACAGAAUGCAUGGAUAAUGUUAUGUUCCAACUGGAGGCCGCUUUAAAAUCUACCAUAGAUUCUGACAAGCAGGAUGUUGUGAAAAGUUUGUUUUACGGGAGUUCGAGACAAAUUCUUCGUUACAAAGAACCGAACACUGUCGUUGCCGAAGGACGCGAUCUGUACGACGGGCUCGAUGUUUAUUUUGACACAUCAACGGUGGAUUUUAAUGGUACGCAAGCAGAAAGAGAAGUCACACUCGUGACGGCGCCACCGAUAUUACAAAUUCAAGUGCAGAGAGUGCAAUUUGAUAGAUCAACCUCAAAUAUUUAUAAAUCAAAUGCAUACCUCCGUUUCGAAGAGGUGAUAUAUCUUGACAGGUAUUUGGAUCGGAAUCGAGGAUUCUUACGCGAGAGGAUUGCUGAAGCGCGUUCUUGGAAACAGGAGAUUGACUCAUUACAAGAAGAACUUAAGGAAAUUUCGUGUGAUAAGAAAUCCUCAUUAUCCACUAUCGAUUUGCUUAGAUCGACCGCGGAAUUCGUUCAGAACAUGAGAGACGAUGACCCCGAGUUUCUAUCUGAUGACAAAUUUGACUUGAACUUGUCGGAAGUGAGGCGUGAAGGAGAACGAGUUACUUCAAUGAUUAGUGAUUCCGAAUGUAGGAUAGGUUUAUUGAGGUCUAAAUUAGAACAACAGUAUGUUGAUCUGAAACAAUGUGAAUAUCGCUUACACGCGGUAUUUAUACACAGCGGUCAAGCGACUUUCGGCCAUUAUUGGAUAUACAUUUAUGAUUUCGAUAAGGAUCGAUGGUUAAAAUACAACGAUUCAUAUGUAACGGAGGUUGAUAAGACGGAAGUUUUUGCUGACACCACAGGUUCAUCGGCUAAUCCUUAUUGUAUGGUCUAUGUGCGAGCACAAG